CGCGAGGUGGAGGCUGACGUCAUUGCCGACCGCGCACCUGGAAGGGGAAUUCGGCCGCGGGUCGCCGCUGCUUCUGCGCCGGAUGACGUGCGCGCCGCCCGCGCUCGACGUGUCGUUGCGCACCGGGCUGAUGAAAUACUCCCAGCCUCGGUAGCCAAGUGCACCUUGCACGCCCUCGCACAGGCUCAAGGCCGCGUACGAGUCGCGGUCACCGUUCACGUAGCCCGAGUAGAAACAACGACUCAGGUCCACGGUGACGUCCGUAGCGGAGAGCCAGGGUGCGGACGGCCCGAUGAAGUUGGAGUCGUGCCGUAAAUCCACGUCGAGUUCCUGGUGGAAAGCGCGAAUUCUGAGAGUCUCCGCGUCGCGCUCGUGACGCUGCUGUCGGGUGUCCAACACGACCGGGAAGCAAAGUUCGCUUUCCGUGCAGCGAACCAGUUUGGAGAGCGACACCACGACGUGGAGCAGACACGUUGCUCUGCUAAACAUGACGCUAUUUGCAUUCGAAAGCUCAGGGAGAGCAGAUUGGUAAUCUAAACCAGAGUGCAAACUCCUCCUGGUCCUGACCCAUUCCCGGCCCGCACCUGUGUGCUCGCUCCGCCGCUGCCUUCCGUGCACUUUAUGCGUGCCUUGGGGAAACUCGAUCUGACUUUCGGAGGGGGCAGUCCGUUGCUUGGAGGAGACACUCCUCGGACGCGACGUCUGUUGCUGCGAGUCCCAGUGGACAGCCGGCGCGGUUCUGGUUCUGGCGACCCGCCGGAGGGUCCUUGCAAAAGUGCGGUGCGGCGCAGACGGAGAGCAAUGGGAGCAUUUAUUCAGUUUGCGCCGUAGGCUUUUGCUCCUCACUAGUAAGACGGAUCAUUCCGCGCGCCAGUUUCCACGACUGCCAUUCCUGCACACUCAUUCAACCAACCUCGACAUAGGCUACUAGUAGGAGAAGUCUACAUAAUUGAGCACUAGCAAGAUCAUUUUGUAUUACUAGCAGUUGUCAGCUGGUGCGGUUUGGGGUUUUUCUCUCUCUCUCUCUCUCUCUCUUACUACUAACUACUAACCCUUUUGUCCUACGAAUAUGCCAAAAUGUGUCCUACGAGUGAGGACCGAGCGCACAACAUGGAGCUUAAGCAGGAGAUCGAGGAGAUCAGAUAAAUGCUCAAUUGUAAGACAAUUCAGCGCACUGGUAGAAUGACCGUGUUACUGCGAAAGAGUGUUCCACUACUAUCGGCUUCCAUUGCUGCCAUAACAUUUCCGCACACCAGGAGGACAACUUUUGCAUACUAGUGGGACAACUGCAUGUGACUAAGGCGAAACUGCACUCCUUUUUAUCUGCGCAUUACUAGUAAUACUAGUGAAGCACUAGAUGCUGACUAGAAUCGUUUUUAUAAUGUCACAAGUAGCACUAGUAGCACACAGUUUUCAAGUAGUGCAGUUUCGCCUCACUAGUAACACAUACUUGUCCUACUAGUAUGUCAAAAUUGUCAUACUAGUGAGGACAAAGAGUGUACUAGUACACGCAGCUUAAGAAUUGUAUCAGGGAUAUUGAAGCAAUUCUCAAGCAGCUUUCCAUAAAUUAGUUGAAGCACUUAUUCAAUAUCCUUGAUAUCGAGCUUAAGGUUGCAGUAAUAGGCCCAAAGUGGCACUAAAAACCAUUCGGCCUUCGAGGAAGACAGUUGGUCUUCUAGUGCACAGAAAGUGAAGACAAAGCGUGUACUAGUACACGGACCAAGGAGAACGACACCUGUACAGUACUAUGAAUUCCAAUACAAGACCUAGAUUAAAAAAUUUUUUAAAAAUGAUGUGACUUUUAAUGAGAUUCACCUAACAGGAUGAUGCAGUGUAGUUUUAUGCAAACAAUAAUAAUGUUUCAAUUGUUAUUGUAAUCCCUUCCUGACAUGCAUUGUUAGUAUUUGUAAAGGCGCAACCAUUGACGCGGCCCUGACAAGAUCGUGCAGGUACACCUCAUGUUUGCCUCAAGAAUGUUGCGGAUAUAUUGAAAUGCAGCCAUUAUAAUACAUAUGACUGGAACAGAACAGACACAAUUUGGGUUAUUUACUGAACUGUGAAUCACAUACGGCCUCUAGUGUUCAAAUGAAGAAGUUCGGGGGAGCUGGAGUCUUGUGACUUUUUGCAAAUUCACUGUACAUUUCCAAAGUCUAAUGACAGAUUGUGGCCGGAAAGGUUUUGUGAGAACGAAGUGACUCUGCAUCGCUGGCCGCAACAUUAGGCACACGAGCUCGUGAGGUCCAAUCAUACGGGGUCGUCAAAUGUAUGUGGCGCCUUCUGAAAUUCUUUUUGGGCAGUUUCCCCACUUUAAUCUUGAAGAUAAUGAAACAAAUACAAAGAAAAUAUAAAUAUCAGACAAAGAUAACCCAAACACAUCAAGUGCAGUUUUGAAACGGAGAAAGUCAAAAACUAUUCCAAGCUACCUGGCCCUCAGUCCCUGUGUGCUGAAGUACAGUCGUUGCCCCCUAAACCUACGAACUGCUUGGUCCGCCCUCAGCCGCAAGCAUUUUCUACAACUAGCAAGGACUCUUUCACAUCUCUUUGGAGAAUUUUUGGAAUUCAGUAAGACCGGAGGGUUUUCUAGCAUGAACGGCCUUUUUAAGGUCAUGCCACAGUAUUGAAAUCAGAUUCAAGUCCGGACUUUGACUAAGCCCCCCCCCCCCUAUACCUUCAUUUUGCUUUGUUUGGUUAGGGUUAGGGUUAGGGUUAGGCCAUCAGUCCGUGACCUCAAGCCGAAGAGCACUUAAAAAAACAAAAGCCUGAUCACAAAAGAACACCAUUUUCUUUUUCUGAAAUGCUGUUACAUUGACGCCAGAUAUAAUGAGACACACACCUUCCAAAAAUGUCAACUUCCGUUACGUCAGUCCGUAGAAUACUCUCCCGAAAUAUGAGAUGAAAUAUAUCAUUCCAAUAUUUUUUGAUCAGCAGUGUUUUUUGUUUUUUUUCCUGACAACUUUGCCAUUGAUGCCAUUUUUGCCCAGUCUCUUCCUUGUUGUGUGAUGAACACUGACCUUAACUGAGGCAAGGGAGGCCUGCAGUUCUGUAGAUGACCUUUUAAACCUCCCGGAUGAGUCGUUGCUGUGUCCUUGGGGUAAUUUUGGGAGACCAGCCAAACCUGGGAGGUUCACCACUGUUCCAUGUUUUCUCCAUUUCAACGUGUUUCCCUGGAUUCCUAAAGCUUUAGAAACAAACGUCUUUGUAACCCUUUUCCGGACUGUUAGCUGUUCAUUGCUUUAUUUCUCAUCUGUUCUUGAAUUUCUUUGGAUUGUGGAAUUUUUUGUUUCGAUUUUUUGGAGAUCUUUUGGCUGACAUAAUUUUUUUGUCAGAGAGGUUCUAUUUAAGUCAUUUCUUGAUUGGACAGGUCUGGAAGUAAUCAGGCUUGGGUGUAGUCAGUGAAAAUGAAGUCAGCUUUCCCAAAAAUGUCAAUUCACGAGUUAACAGGAGGGGCAGUUACUUUUGCACCCAGGGCCAGGUUGCUUUAAAGCAUUUAUUUCCACGAACAAAAAUAAACUCUGCAUUGCAUCUUUGAUAUUUAUUGGCCUUUGUUUGAUGAUUUUAAACAUUAAAGUGGGGAAAUGAUGAUAAAAUAAAAGGAGAAUUGGAGAAGGAGGCAAAUACUUUGUCAAGGUACCGUAAGAGCUGUGUGACAAAUUCUGCCUUCAUAACCAUCAUGAUAAUGCUCCAUUUUGAUUGAUGUGGUCAGAGAAUGAACAGAACGUGUCUCGUGGUGGCUGCAGUGGAGAACUGCACUGCAUCACGCUUGGAGGUUGUUUCCAAUACAUUUCGCACGAGAGGUGCCAAAUGUUAGGAAUGAGUCUCCCUAUUACAACCAUCUGUGAUCUUUAUCAAUCAGAUUUUCCAUUUUACGAAGAAGAAGACCCCCUAGGAAAAUAGCAAACGCGAUCAAAUACGUAUGUGGCUUUGAUGCUGAAUGGAUACGCAUAUUGCGAUACAUACCGAUGGCCGACAUAAAAGAGAGCCGGUCACCUUUGUGACGAGGCCCUUCAACUCCAAUUGUCCUACUUGUUCACGUCAUGCCUCCCUCUAUAAUAUCUUGUUGCUUGUUACCUCCUGAAAUCUGACAUUAAGAUGGAUUCCUACCACGUUUUGGCUCAAGUCGGGCAGGGCUCGUUUGGUCGUGUUCAUAAAGGAAUGAAAAGGUUUACAGGCCAAGUGGUCGCUCUGAAGUUCAUGCCGAAGAUGGGACGUUCAACUAAAGAGCUGCAAAGUUUAAAGAAGGAAAUUGAGAUAAUGAGUAACCUUCAACAUCCUAACAUUGUGAAACUUUUUGACAGCUUCGAAACUGAAACAGAGGUGGUCGUGGUGACCGAGUAUGCGGAGGGUCAAUUGUUUCAGAUCAUUGAAGCGGAUGGUAGUCUACCAGAAAGUCAGGUUUGCGAGAUUGCCUGCCAGCUCGUCUCAGCUCUGUAUUAUUUGCACUCCCGCCGUAUUCUUCAUCGAGACAUGAAACCACAAAAUAUCCUCUUUGAUAAAAACGGUGUGGUGAAACUGUGUGACUUUGGGUUUGCAAGGGCAAUGAGCAUCUCCACCAUGGUGGUAACGUCUAUCAAGGGAACACCCCUGUACAUGUCCCCCGAGCUAGUGGCAGAGAAUCCUUAUGACCACACUGCUGACCUCUGGGCGCUAGGCUGCAUUCUUUAUGAAAUCCAUACAGGGGUGCCCCCGUUCUGUGCCGAUUCCAUCUUCCACUUGGGGCAGCUCAUCGUGAGAGACCCCAUCCAAUGGCCGAAGACUAUGAGCAGCGCGUGCACGAGUUUCCUGAAAGGUUUGUUAAUCAAAGACCCUCAGAAGCGACUGUCGUGGCCAGACCUCCUGCAUCAUCCUUUUGUUGCUGAUGGGGUUCAAGUGAUUCCAGACACAGGUGUUUUCAGUCCUCUGACAGCCACACUUGACCCAGACAUGCUGGCACUCAAACUGAAGCAAAUGGCAGAAAAGACAUCACCAGAUUACGGAGAGAGCAGAAUAUUUCGGAAGAUUCGGGAGCAAAGAAACAAAAGUCACGCGAAGAAACAUGGCGACAGUGCUAAAGAAAAGAAAGACGGACUGGAACCUGAAAGUGAUUGCGCAGCAGCAGUAACGCCCCUUCUAGAUACGAGCCCCCCUGUUGAUUUUGCUUCAGCUAAUUCAACUUUUUCAUCUUCAAGUCUGGAACAAAGCAACUAUGCUGUGGUUACAUCAAGUCAUCUCCACAGGGGUCCGAUCAGUCAGGACUACGAACAAGAGUUCCCCGCAGUCGAGGUCGGGCCACGGCUAGAACGAAGGACACCCAAACGUUCGACAACCGUCGACAGUGAGGAAUUCUGGGAGAAACUUGUUGAGGAGUCCGAUCCGAGCCGACAAAGACAAGAACAAUUCAACUUCAGCGGUAUUAUGUCGAAACUGAAAUCCACCAUGUUUGCGUUCAAGCAGCAGUCUCGUUUCUGUGGCAAGCGAAGUGAUGGUGUCCUAAAAGACACGUGGCACAUUGGCCAGCCGCUGAAGGUCUUGCAGAACCUGAUUCUAACCUCCGACCUUGCCGCGACGAACCGCAUUGGCGUUGAACUUGGACUGCCGUGUCUCCUCAUUGACUUGAUUCACGACUCUUUGGACAACUCACGUUUCAUUGAGCAGCCGUGGAGUCUGCAAACACUUGGAGAAAUGAUGGCUGCGCUGCUGAUCUACUGGGAGAAGAACCAUGACUCGUUGAGGGAAGAAAACAGAGCUGAAGAAUUCACCGAGCCCUUCAUGACAAUUCUUACUCAAGCAGACCUCAGACCUUUAGCUCCUCUGGCUGCCUCCGUUUUGUCCCUCUUUGCUCGCAACAAGGUUGCUGUCAAUGUUGACAUGGAGACGCUCAGCUCCUUGCUGAAAGAACGUGUGUCUGGUUCACAUCAGCUCCAGCUUCCGCUCCCAUCAGGCUGGGCACUCUGUGACGGCCUCCUGUCUUUACUUCUGCACACUCUCUCUGAGCACGGCUGUGGAUUUUCAUGUUUGGAUCCACGUACAUUUCAUCAUCUUUGGAAAAGGACUGGAACCUCAUUAGCAUGGACAACGCCGGACGUGGACUUCUGUUCGACAAACGGACUUUAUUUUCUGAUGUCUGCCACACUGUUGGUCUUCUGCGCUGAUCCAUAUUCCUAUAUUUCCCUCUUUUAUGAGAGCAAAUCAACGUUCAUAUACACUCUCGGCUGGGUGCUGAGCUCUGAAUGUCUUUCGUCGUUUGCUGAAGCUAAUCCAGUGGAAUUCGAAGCGAGUUUAAAACACGAGAGCUUGAUCCAGUUGAGCUGCCACUUCCUUUGCCUCCCGUUCGCUUUGGACAUAACUGCACACGAGGGUUCCAGGAUACUGCAGUUGUAUGACAGCUGUGGUGUUGUUAAAGGACUUGUGCAGGUUAUUCAAAGGCUUCCUGUUUCAUUAGUGGAGCUGCCACUCUCACUUGUCCGCCGCUUGUUGCUAUGUGACCGUCAGCGCGCGCUUUCCCGCCUCAUUAGCGCCGCUCAUGGCUUUUUCUCUGCGCCGACACUCGCUCCAUUGGAUCGGCAGACAUCGACCAGAACCGCCAGUUCUUUGCUCUCGGAUUUGCUGCGGCUGGAUGAGCUCGGGGACUCUGCCGUAGAACUUCUCUCUCUGUUAUACCUCGUCACCUCUUUCUGCCCUAAUUCUGGUUGCCUCCAGCUUUACCUCGAAUCCUCUGUGUUGCACCAAGCGCUCGCUCACUCUUAUGACCCGAUCAAGGCUGCCACAUGCAAGGUUUUGGGAAAGUUGCAUCCAUUCAAGUCUCCUAAAGUGCCCAAUUUGCAUCCUAACAUACUCAAAAGCAUGAGAGACCUUCUUGAGGAUUCUAAUGUGCAUGUGCGGCAGGCGGCUUGCUUGUCAGUUGGGAAAUGGUUGGGUUAUAUUGCAGUGGAGGCAGGGUUUAGCACAAAAAGUCCCAACGGAAAUGGAGGCAACACUACAGAGAGAUUAAAAGCGGAGGACAAUGAUGCACACGGGGGUUCAAGAAGGGAGACUCACAUUGCCAUGGUGACAGUAGAGAAUGAAUUGCCUGAAGAGAUGAGACAGUGGCUCGAAGAAGCCAGGAUGGCGGGGGCGACGCUGGCAUCAUUGACCUCCGACCCUGAUGCCCACACUCGUCUCCAUGCCUGCGCGGCUCUGGGAAACCUGCUACAUGUUGAAGGUGCCGUACCGGAGCUGCUGGACGAGAGCGUGUCCAGAUUAGUUCUGAGAGCCGCGUGCACAGAUUCCCACAAGGCGGUGAGAGAAGCCGCCGUUGCAACGUUCAACUUGCACACUCGGCAAGACUCAAUGCUACAGGAUCUGCAAUCCCUAAAUGCUGAAAAGAAACUUCAGGCGUCAGAGUAUGUACCUUCUGAAUGUGAAUCUUCCCCUCAUCAGACAACUGAAAGGCAAUUGAGAGAACUACUGUAGAAACAAUUGAUGUUUGUAUGGAUUAUUUGUUAAUGGCUUUCUGUUCAAUCUUACCCAAAUUGCAUUGUAAAGAUGUGUGCAAAUAAAACAUGACAUUUUAU